AUGCCCUCAACCCCCUCCCUGCAGACAAUUCAUAAAGGGGUGUAUUGCCCCAUCUGUACCGGCCCCCCUGAGGACCCAGUGACUUCCCCCUGUGGACAUAUCUUCUGCAGAUCCUGCCUCAAGCCACCCUCACCGAUGGGUGCCAACCCCUCUAGGCUGUGUCCAAUCUGCAUGGAGAAGAGGCAACCAGAGGUCCUCCAGCCCCGGGUCUGCGCCACAGAGAACAUUAAGAUCCUGGGCCAAAUAGGAGAGACUCACUGUGAUGAGCACGGUGAAAAAAUUUACUUCUUCUGUGAGAAUGAUGGGGAGUUCCUUUGCGUGCUCUGCCGGGAGAGUUCCAAUCACCAGGCUCAUGCUGUGGUACUCCUGGAUGAAGCCACUCAACCCUACAGGGAACGACUCCGGAGUAGAUUAGAGGUCCUUCGAGUGGAGAAAGAAGAAAUGGAGGGCAUGAAAUGUCGGGAAGACCAGAAGCUCCAGGUGCUAUUGACCCAGAUUGAAUCCAAGAAGCAGCAGAUGGAAGAGGCAUUUGAACAGUUGCAGCAAGUACUUGGGGAGCAACAGCGCCUUCUCCUGGAUCAGCUGGGGAAACUAGAAAAAGAAAUCUGGAAGGAGAGAGAUCAUUAUAUUGCCAAGAUCUCUGAACAGAUUGCCCAUCUUGGUGCUCACAUAAAGGAGUUAGAGGGGAAGUGCCAACAGCCAGCAAGUGAGCUCCUAAAGGAUGUCAGAAUGACUCUGAACAGGUAUGAGAAGGGGACAUAUAUCAGUCCAGAACCUAUUUCUCCUGGCCUCGUGAGAAAGAUUCGUGAUCUCCACCAAAAAAUAUGUGUUCUCCCGGAGAUGAUGGGAAAAUUCUCAGAAAAUUUGCUGCUUCAUCUGGAGACCAAUACAGCAGGUGUCACUCUGGAUCCCCAGACCGCUAGCUGGAGCCUGAUCCUCUCCGAGGACAGAAAGUCAGUGAGAUACACCAGACAGAAGCAAAACCUACCAGAGAAUCCCCGGCGUUUUGAUAGGCUACCUGCUGUAUUGGGCGCUCAAGGUUUCUUUUCGGGAAAACAUUCCUGGGAAAUCGAGGUGGUGCUGGGUGAUGGAGGUGGUUGUACUGUGGGUGUGGCCCGAGAAGACAUGAAGAGGAAAGGGGAGCUGGGCCUGAGCACUGAGGAGGGCGUCUGGGCUGUGAUUUUCUCCUAUCACCAGUGCUGGGCCAGCACCUCCCCAGGUACUGAUCUACCAUUGAGUGAAAUUCCCCACAGGGUUCGGGUGACCCUGGACUACAAUGGGGGACACGUGACUCUCUCCGACGCGCAGACCCAGACCACAAUCUUCGCAUUUCCUGCCUCCUUCUCAGGCAAAAUCUUUCCUUUCUUUGCUAUUUGGAAAAAGGGCUCCCGACUCACUCUGAAACCCUAAAGGAGAUGAUCUCCCCACUUCUGUUUCCCGGACUCCUGCAUUCACUGGGCUCUAGUAUGGAGCAGACUUUUAACUCCCUCCCUUUUCAGCUCAUUUCCAGUCAAAUCUCUACAUUUAUAGAAAUUGUUCCAAGAGUGUUUCACUUGCAAUGCUGAAGCCAAAUUAACCUCCUAACUUUUACAUGUCAGUGGUGGUAGAAUUGAAUGAAAGUUUAUUGAAUGUCUACUGAGCUACUCAAUUGUUAUUCCUGUGGUACUGGAAAGGGGAGAUGUGGAGGGUGGGGAAAAGGAGGGUGUUAGAAAGGGAUACAUCCUGAGUCACUUAAUGGGGAAGAAGUCAUUUCCCCUCUCUGGGCUUUAGUUUCAUCAACUAUAAAAUGAGGGGGUUGACUAGCUGCUCUCUUAGAACUUGCCAGUUCUAACAUUCUAUCCCUAGUAAAUGCCAUCUUAUAACCAUCUUAUAACCUUUACCCUAAGU